AUGAUAGCUCAGUCAAGCGCGUUGAAGGACGUAGCCAUCGCAUUGGCCGCACUUGAUCGUAGCCGCAGGCCGCAUUCUGCCCCAACGGCGGAGCGGGGAGUCAGUCUGCGGCAGAAAGCGCUAUCGUCGUAUUCGCGCGCGCUGCAAGAGGUCAGGGUGGAGUUGAUAUCGCAGAAUCAGCUGGCUGCGCGGGAAAGCACCGUUUGGGUGACUGUCUUUCUCGGUAUUUUCGAGCUAAUGCUCGAGUCUAAUGAGAAGAAUUGGGAGAGGCACUUCUUGUACGGAACUUCACAUCUACUGCAGAUUCAAGGCCCGGAGUGCUGCAGAACAGGCAGAGGCCGGGAGCGGUUCUUAGCGCUGAGGAUCUUUGAGAUUUCGCGCGCGCUGAUAUAUCAGGAUGCGACAUUUCUUGCGGAGCCGGAGUGGGUGAGACUGGCUCAGCAAUUAAGAGAGGAAGAUGUGGAGAGUUGGCACCCGAAAGAGGCGAUGUAUGACUUAAUGCUAGAGUGCUCGGUGCUGUAUCCCUCCAAACCUGUCUAUAACGGCGACGGCUUCACUCUCAUCGCAGAAGGUCUACGCCUCCGCCGCUGCCUCUCUAAUUGGUACCAGCACAUCGAGCAACGCUUCCCUACCACUAAAGAAUCCCCCGCCUAUCUCCAAACCGACCUCCAGCUCCUCAUCUCCCUAAUCUACUACCACGCCGUCUCCAUUUUCCUCUCCGGCAUCUUCGACUACCGCCUCUCCAGCUUCCCCGUCCCACCCCCUUCCCUCCCGAUCUUAACGCGCGCCCAAGUCGAACACCAUCUCGCCUCAAUCCUCUCCUUGACAGAACUCGCACUAGACAAGACCUGGCUCACAGGCGUCGCGUUCCUCUUCCCUCUCCGCGUCGCCGCGGCGCGAGCGUGGUCCGUGGAGGACCAGAACGAGGUGUUGCAGCGGCUACGCAGCGUAAGAAGCAAAGGGUUCUCGAUUACGAACUUGUUUGAGGCGGAGGUGACGUGUUUGUGGGAGGAGCGGUGGGGGCCGGAGGGGUGGAAUUGGGCGGAUGUGUUGGAGUGA